AUGGUGGUGGCUUUCAAGGUAUUCAUUCUCCUUGGUUUAGCAGUAUGUGCGUUGGCACAAACAAUUCCAGGACACGGUUCCCUACAACGUCAACUAAUUUCCAAAAGGUCUAGAGACGACAUUACGGAUGAGAUUUUCCUUAACCUACCAGCCACUGAGAUUGACUUUAUAAACUACCAUCUCAAGAAUUUAACUGAUGCUACUGGUUCCAAGUGUGAUAAAUGUAAGAGCAGGAUUAAAUAUGCAAAGUCAUUGGUUGAUGAAUACCCAGAGCAAGAGCAUUUAGUUACAUUGCUUUUGUUUAAGGAUUGCACUAAUAAUGCUUAUUAUCCUGAUUCAUGUUAUUAUGAGGAGUUCUUCGUGACAACACACUCGCAAAACUUUGAGGCGUUUAAUGAUGAUUACGAUUCGGGUAUUACUUCUGGUACAAGUGUCAAUUUCUUUGAUAAUGACUUCCUUCACGUCAUUAAACAUUUUAAUGUCUCCAGCGAUUUGGAUUUAGAAUAUUAUUGUUAUUUCAAGGGUAAAAAGGCGUGUGAUUUACCUGAAACGCCAGAUGUGCAAGAGCUUUUUGAUAUUGAAAGUUGGUGGCCCGAAAAGAAACCAGAGUAUAAUAAUCAACCACAGUAUAAGAAUAAUAGCGAGAGGUUUAAUGUUGUUCAUGUGACCGAUUUCCAUAUUCAGCCGAGGUAUGAAUUGGGUUCGGAAUCCAAUUGUACUGAAUAUCCAUGUUGCUUACCAGAGUCCUAUAACAAGCAGCUUCCCGGUAAGGAUUACAACUUCACUCAAUACUACAAAAACCUCGACCCCUUUAUUGACACCUUUGAUUUCUCGUUUUAUCCUGAUGCUCAUUACGAUGAAAACGAUCAGUACAUCAAAGGGGACUACUAUGAUUUCCCAAAGUAUCGUGGCUAUAAUUGGCAAAAUGCGCCAGCAACUAGCUUUGGAGCCUACCUUGCAGACUCUCCUGAAUUGUUAAUGAACAACUCUUUGGUUGAAAUUGCAAAGCUUCACAACGAAAAGAAUUUCGAAUUUGUUUUAUUCACUGGUGAUUUGGUUGACCACGACGGUGUCCAUGCAACUCCGAAUGUUACCAAGAACUCAAAAGUAACUGCAUUCAAUUUGAUCAAACAUUUCUUGAACAACAUUACUAUCAUGCCUUCAUUGGGUAAUCACGAUUCUUUUCCAUAUGCACAAGUGGCACCAUUGCAAUUCGAUCGUAACAAUUCAUACCAAUACAAUAUCGAUGACAUGGUUAAUUUGUGGGUCAAUAAUGAAUGGUUUGACGAAAAAGAUGCCAACGAUUUGAAACAUCAUUACACUGGAUUCUCAUAUGUUACCAAUAGAGGGUUGAAGAUCAUCGCAUUGAAUUCAAACACUUAUUACGCCGAUAAUUUAUGGGCUUAUAUAGACCAGACAACCAGUCCUGACUUGUUUGGAAACUGGAAAUUUCUCAUUGAUGAGUUAGUAGAAUCGGAACAAAAGGGACAAAGGGUUUGGAUUAUGGCACACAUUCCACCAAACAAUUAUGAUGUUUUGCCAAUUCAAUCAAGAAUCUUUGGCCGAAUCAUUGAACGGUUUUCUCCUUAUACUGUUGCCAACUUGUUUUACGGACACACUCAUAGAGAUCAGUUUUCAAUUUUGUACACAAGCAACGUCACUGCUGCUGAUGCGGUUGCUGAAGAUGUCAUCAAUAUGGCAUGGGUUGCACAAUCAGUGACACCAUACACUAACUUCAAUCCUUCAUGGAAGUGGUAUGAAGUGGAACACGAGAGUUUUAACGUCAUUAAUGCGUACAACUACUACACUCAAUUGAAUUUGACGUUCACCAAUGGUGGCGAAGAGCCACAAUGGGAAGUUGAGUAUAGUGCUAGGGAUUAUUAUGACCCCGAACACACUUGGCCAGAAGAUGCUCCAUUGAAUGGGACGUUUUGGCAUACCUACGUUGCUACGCCACUAUGGAACACUAGCGAUGUUGCUUUCAACCAAAAGUUUAUGGAUCUCAAGUACAGAUUAAGUCCAUUGACUCCAAAUUGCUCUACUCCCAAAGAAGGUAGGUUGAGCAGUGUUUGUUUCAAUGACAACAAUUGCUUUAUCAACUUCUAUUCUGAUAAUAAUAUCAAGUGUCAAAGUUAG